AUGGUGCGUAAAGCAUGGACCACAAAUCCGCUGGCUCUUUCAAAAAGGGCAUCAGCACUUUUGAUUGCAUGGGGCGUUCCACUGGUGGUGUUGCACUGUUGUGACAUGAUUGCACAGAACGCUCAUCCUGACUACUGCCACAGAGACGUGGACCUUCUUGAUGCCUUCGGGGGUCACGGCGAAGUGUCCAAGCAGUUCAGUGCCCAAGGAAUGAAAACGAGCUACUUUGACCUGGCAACGGAGGGAAACAUGGGAGACAUCAUGUCUACGGAUGGCUGGUACAACUGCCUGUUGAAGCUGCUGCAAGUGAAGGAGGGGGGGCUCCUUGUGGGGGGCCCCCCCUGUGGGUCUUGGAUUUGGGUCAACCGAUCCACUUCAAAAAGAUCCAAAGACCACAUCUUCGGAGAUACAAAACGUCCCUACAUAAGGCUUGCAAAUUCGAUCACAUGUCGAUUUGUGAUCUUCUCUUUGAUCGCAAUAGCCCGUGGAUUGGAGAUACUUUGGGAACAACCAUCGGGAUCAUUGAUGCCUGAAUUCCCGUACCUGAAAUUUAUGGCGAUUGUGAUGGACCCUGUGCUGUGGGGAAAGGUGAGAUUUCCUAUGGGGGCGUAUGGCCAUCCCAAUUGCAAACCAACACUUCUUAUGGGGUCUGUGCCUUACCUUGCUUCUUUCAAGAGGAAACUUACUCCAAAGGACAAACGUCGUCUUCAAAAGAACAAGGCCGUGAAGAAGCACCAAAUGGUGAAAAAAACAAUUUCCAAGAGUGGAAAGGUUCAAGUGACAGGAUCCCAUGGAAUGCGAGCCAGUGCUGUCUAUCCACGACAAUUUGCCAAACACUUGGCAACCCAGCACAAAGCCUUUAUGGCCCGA